AUGGUUAAAUCAACACAGAUCGGAAGGCUUGAUGGCCUUAUGUUGGCCGCUUCAGUGGAUAACGAACAGGAUGAGUCGGCGCUUGCUGAGAUCAAAUCUCAAACUAAGAUGAUCUUCCGUCGAUUGAAUCGAAACUCCGCUCUGCAGGCAAGCAUUGAGUCUGGUCAAUACAAUCUACAUUACACUAUUCAAGAUGAUGUAUGCUUCCUCUGCAUAUGCGAACGCUCAUAUCCUCGCAAGCUCGCUUUCACCUAUCUCGCUGAUAUCGCCGCCGAAUUCACCACUACCUACAGCCCAGCCCAGUACAAAUCACCAAAUCUCCGUCCAUAUGCCUUUGUUGAAUUCGACACCUUCAUUCAACGCACAAAGAAGCUGUACCAAGACGGCCGCGCCUCUCAGAAUCUGGAUAAACUGAAUGAUGAGCUGCGUGAUGUCACUAAGGUUAUGACGAAGAACAUCGAGGACCUGCUGUACCGUGGGGACAGUUUGGAACGUAUGGGUGAGCUUUCUGGCCGUUUGCGCGAAGACAGCAAAAAAUACCGGCGGGCAGCAGUACGCAUCAACUGGGAAUUGCUGUUGAAGCAGUAUGGGCCUUUCGCCGGCCUCGGGUUCGUCAUCCUUCUUUUGCUUUGGUGGAGAUUCUUUUGA